AUGGCCACGCUUCUACGAGAUCCCGAUAUAGGACGAUACGACAUUCUCGCCAUCCAAGAGCCCUGGAAGAACCCAUUUGACACGACAACUCAUCACCCAGCCAAGGAUCAGUUUCACUUAUGCUACCCAGACAAGGACCGGGACUCCCCAGCGAGGGUCUGCUUUUUCAUCAACAAGAGACUUGAUCACUCCAAGUGGCACUUCAAAGUGGAAAGCAGAGAUCUCUGCUCUCUAGAUCUAGAACUCGGAGCAGAAGAAGAGCAACAUAUCGUGAUACAUAACGUAUACAACCCUACACAAGACGCCCCAGAGAGACGAGGUACGCUUCCACUUCUGGACCAAGUCGUAGAACUCUCAUCACAACAUGAGCAAGUUAUCGUCGGCGACUUCAACCUCCACCACGAGCUAUGGGGAGGUGAUCGGGCCAAGCGGGCAGACCCUAACGCCGCUGAGCUUAUCACAAUCAUGGAAGAUCACUACCUCACGAGCAAUCUUGCUCCAGGUACCAUCACAUACGAAGAACGUGACGGAAGAACAACCAUAGACCUAUGCCUCACAACACCUGGCCUCCCAGACAGACUGAUUCGAUGCGAGACCGCAGCAGACAUGGAUCACGAUUCUGACCACCUACCCAUCGUCACUUCACUAGACCUAACCGUCGUCCAACUACCAGCCAAGGUCAGACGGAACUGGAAAGCUAUAGAUGAAAAGGCGUUUGUUUGCUGUCUUCAGCGCGAGCUUCCGCCACAGCGAAGACCAAGAACAAGAACGGCUUUAGACAGAUAUGUGAAGGAAGUGAUGGCAGCCAUAUCGACGGCUGUCGAAGAAGCAGUUCCGAAGACGAAUCCGUCAACGAGAUCAAAACCAGGGUGGAACGAAGAAGGCAUGGGAAGCAUACCGAGUAGCGCGUAA